ACUUCCGGAAAGUGUCCAGACACGCGCGAGAGAGUGUCAAAAGACAUUUCUAAAAGCCAUGAACGAAAUUGUUAAAAAUGCGCAGUCGUUCAUUGAGGUACUUCAGAAUAGUCGGGCUAUUGAUGUCAAGUACUGGGACUCCAUAGGUCUACAGAGGGCGCUCCAGUGGGCUAAAUACUGUGAAGAGGUAUACAUAAAACUGAAAGACAAACCAAAAGCAGUUGAGCAGAUAAACAAAAAGUUGAAGCUCAUUUGUUGUUUACCGGGAGCAUCGAUUGGUGAUGAUAUCAUCAGUGUACAAGAUCUUAGCCAAUCCCAGAGACUCUUACUUAAGAAUUUGAUUCAGAACCGCUAUUUACCUAGCUGUCUCUUUGGAGAGGUUUUAGAGCAGUAUACUCAUUUAGCAGAGGAUAGUGGUUCCUCAGGAUUUGACCAGGUCAUUCAAGAUGCCAGCGAGUGCAUUCAAGCUAAGUCAAGUCAAAUGUAUUUACAUCAAAAUAUGCGGGAAAACUUUCAAAUGAAAGAAGAGCAUUCAGACAUUCUAAAUGCAAGACUUCUGAAACGGUUCCUUGUUCAUCACCAUAGUAACAGUCCUUGUACACAAAAGUCAAAUGAGUAUUUGGAGCAAGUAUUACAUAGUGUUGCAUCACAGCCAAGAGGCAUGCGUAUGAUUGCAAUGACAAUUUCAAUGCCUACUGAGACGGAUGAAGCCAGAUUACAAGUUACUGCAUGUGAACAGUUUGUAUUUGACUGGAUUAAAAAAAAUAAAGCAAAGUAUAUACUCCAACAGAGGGAGUAAGUUCAAAAGGACUAUUAGCACCAUCAUAAAGGCCUAUAUAUUUGACUGGAUUCAAAAGAUCAAGUGACAUCAUACACCAACUGAGGGAGUAAGUUGAGAGGGAAAAGUAGCCAUACCAUAUCAGAAAGUCCAGUCAUGGUGAAGAUUUAAAGAGAGUGUGUCUUCUUGUGUAAUGGAUGGAAUUUCUACAAUGAAAAUCGGCCUACUGUAAUUGUUUAUUCAGUUUCCAUGACAUUACGAUUCCGGAGCAAUUAUUUGUCAUUUUUGUAUAAACAUUAAACAGAAGAUUGUGCAAGACAUUACAGUAGUUACAAAGAUUAUCAAUUUUAUUUACAGAAAUUGUUUUCAAACAAUGAAACACUUACAAAAUUGCUUGGAGCAGAAACAUCAAAUUGCAUAGUAUAUCAAAUGCAUAUGCACCAUUAAUUGAUUGAUUAAAUUAAAAUACAUUGCCCCAAAGAAAGUAUUAAAUUCAUAAAUAUUAAUAAA